AUGGCAUUCUCAGAGUUGCUGGCAGACAUGGAGUCAUUUCCUACGCUGGCAUGGGUAUCGCCUGCCCUAACAGCUGUGGCUGUCAUACUCGUAGCUCUGUUUUCCGGUUACCGGAAAUCACCAAAAGGGUUCAAUGUUCCUACUCUUGGUGAAGAUUCUCAGAUGCGAUAUGUACAAGAAGCCGACUUCAAGAACACCAUUUUCCAAGUCCUUACUCCGGAUGGCCCAAGACUUUUUCUACCAAGAAAAUUUGCCAAUGAGUUGAAGCCAUUUAAGCGGCAUGAAGCCAGCGGAAUGAAGGCUCUAGCUGACCGUCAUCUUGGUCAUUACACCACAAUUGAUCAUGAAAGCGACGUGAUGCUUGGAGCUAUCAAGAUUGAUUUGAACAGGAACUUGGGCUUGUUUGUCGGGGAUGUGGAACAAGAAGUUUCCCACUGCUUCAAGACCAACUUCCCCUCUUGCGAAGAAUGGACCCCAGUUGAUCUCCACGAGACACUGCUUCGCAUUGUAGCCCAAGCUUCUGCUCGUAUCUUUGUCGGUUAUCCAAUGUGCCGAAAUGAUGAGUGGCUUGAAUGUAGCACCAAAUUCGCAUUAGAUGUCAUGACUGGUGGUGAAAAACUAAAACUGUGGCACCCAUGGCUUCGUCCAUUUGCCCAAUACUGGAUCCCAGAGAUGAGACGGAUCAGGGGCGAUCAUCAGCGUGCGCUUGAUCUGCUGAUGCCGGAGUUGAAGAAGAGAGCCGCAGAAACAAGACAACCUGAUGAGCCGCCUCGACAAGAUAUGAUACAGUGGAUGCAGCAGAGAGCUCAAAAGCUUGGAGACAAGUCAUUUGACUAUAAAGAGUUGGCAAAUUUGCAAAUGCUUACAGCAACAGCGGCCAUUCACACAACCAGAUUAGCCAUCAUUCAUGCCUUGUACGACAUUGCAGCUCGCCCUGAAUACAUAGCACCUCUUAGAGAAGAAAUCAGGGAGGUAACCAGAGACACUAACGGUAUUCUACAAAAGCAGCACUUGACACAGAUGAGAAAGCUUGACAGCUUCAUGAAGGAGUCUCAAAGACAUAGUCCCCCGUCCGUUGCUACUUACCAGCGAAAAGCCAUGAUUCCAAUUGAUCUAUCUAACGGCUUUCACAUCCCCAAAGGAACAAUUGUGCAGUGUAAUACCAACAUUCUCGAUGAAACGCCAGCUGCUUGGGGUGAGCCACAUGCGUUUGACGGUUUCAGAUUUUACCGUCUGCGAGAGAACCCUGAAGACACCAACAGGUUUCAGUUUGCGAGUCCAUCAUACGAUAGCAUGCAGUUCGGUUUCGGCAAUGACGCAUGCCCUGGUCGGUUUUUUGCGAGCAACCAGAUCAAGAUUAUCUUGUCCUACAUCCUUUCAAACUAUGAUAUCAAAUUUGAAGAUUCAGUAAAGGGACGGCCGAAGAACUUUAUGUUCGAGGUCAAUGUACUGGCAGAUCCCACUGUAAAGGUGUUAUUUAAGAAGCUAUAA